UUACCAAACGGGACUUGCCUUGGUCUUGUAACCGCCAGUCACACUCUUUCAGCAGCAGGCACCUCGCAACAGAAGACCAGCAUCAACACAUCAACGCCACCAAAACCCAAGAAGAAGCCGACAAAGAAAGUCCCGCUGCUCACGACCGACUAUAGCUACUCACUACUAGCUAGCAGACGACAACCCACAAACAACAGUAGCAACACGAACCAAAGGUAGUAACAACAACAACAAGAUGACCAUCGUGUACGCCCUCGUUUCGAGGGAAAAGACAGUCCUUGCCGAAUACACGGCUCAAAGCGCCACUGGCAACUUUCCUACCGUCACACGAGUCUUGUUGUCCAAGAUUCCAUCGGAAGAUGGUCGUCAAACAUAUGUCUAUGAUGACUUUCUCUUUCAUUACGUUGUAGAAGCGGGAAUCUGUUUUCUCUGCAUGUCGGACGAACUCAACAAACACCGCAUCCCCUACGCCUUUUUGAACGACAUGAAAGACCGCUUCUUUGGAACCUACGGACGCGACGACCCGCAGCAUGCCAUUGCCUUUGCUUAUAAUGAUGAAUUCGCCCGUGUCAUUCAAGAACGCAUGGAUUUCUUCAAUUCCGAAGAAGCCGAUCGAACCAUUGAUAGUCUGGGUGCCGUCAAGAGUCAAAUUGACGAUGUCAAGGGAGUCAUGGUGCAAAACAUUGAACGAGUCUUGGAACGAGGAGAAAAGUUGGAAUUGUUGGUCGAACGCACCGAUCGACUCAACCAGCAAGCCUUUCGAUUCGAAGCGUCCAGUCGUAGUCUACGACGAACCAUGUACUGGAAACAGAUACGUUGUCGUAUCAUGAUGGGACUCGGUGCCGCCUUUUUGAUCUUUGUCCUUUCGGCUACUGCCUGUGGUGGAUUGGAUUUCCACCGAUGCCGUCGUCAUUGAUGAUGGAUCUCAUCACACGCAUCACACAAACAACUAACCAAAAGCACCAGAGAGGCGAGCGAAAGAUCGGUUUUCUCUUCUUUCUUUUGGGGGGCUGUGACCAGAGGCACAGCCGACGAGCCAAAUCCAGUCUAACAACAAUCAGCAGCAGUAAUGCAGAUCCUUGCAUCCAUGUUUGUUUCAUUCCAUUCAUCCUUAAUAAAGUACAUAAUUGGCAAAUUUGAACCCG